AUGCUAUUUAUCCACGCAUAUUCCAUAACUUUCUUAAUUGAAAUAUGCUACUCUUUUGCUGAAUUUGUUGGUUUUGUUCUUAUCAGUUCAAAAACCAAUGUUCCAUCAAAUAUACCAUCUGAUGAUAUAACAUAUAAUUCAGUAACAUCAUUUACCAGUUCAAUUAAUCCUAUUUAUGGUGUCACUGCUGAAGAUGCAAAUCAUUUUCAUGAGGAAAUUAAAAACCAAUGGAAUGCAUAUGAUCCUUAUGCAUUUAAGGAUCUAACAACAGGAGAUUACGUUACUAGAUCUACCUCCAAACAAUCAAAUGAUAUCUAUACAAUGGCUAUUCAGGCUAUUUGGUUAUGUGGUUAUAAGAAAUGGAACAUUGCAUUUUAUCAAAGAGUUGUUACAGAAGAAUACGGUGUUAUACUGGAUAUUUUAAAAAUGAGUUUACUAGAAAAUUUUGGUAUAGAAAAUUUGUUAGGAUCAAUGUUUUUGCGACAUCAAGGAGAUGUUGAUAUAUAUUAUUCUGAUGCAACAUUUGAUAUUUUAAGAUCUAGAGAUAGAGGAAUUGCAUUAUAUAACGAUAUUUGUCAAGCAUAUGGUUUAAAAAUUUUUUUCAUGGAAAAAUAUAAUAUCAGUUGA